CCCUCGGUCACGGCUCUAGACUAAUCAGACCGGAUUCCACAGGAUUCCCUGCUGCAGCGCGGCUCCCUGCUUAAACCUUUGGUUGCAUGCUAUCAAUGCACCUAGACCUACCACCGUACGCUUUGGAACGUAUCGCAUGUUUAGUACAAAUUUUGUGAUCUGCACUUUCUUUUUCUUACCGUCUUCCUCAUAACCCUCAAUUGAGAAGCCGAGUCAAGUCUUGUGUCAGGCACCGAUUUGCUUGAUUGCUUGUGUGCGUGUAGGUGCACUCACACACUCUCCUCCCUCGACCCUCACAGUCCCUCCAUCCAUCGCACGAUUACUAUCUGCAAGGAUUAAAUCACAAGUAUUCAACCUUGCCGUCACGAUGGCGAGUUUUCAAACCAGGACUGCAGCCGUCAGUUCGGUAGCCUUGAGGUUUCUGUCAUAUUUCUUUCUCAGAUGGGGUCUUCUGCCCCUCAUCCCAGCGGUGGUUUUUGGAUUAUUCGCCAUUUAUGUCCCCAGCUUUAUUUCGGGAUAUAAAAAAGAUAUCGCCGACGAUGUGGUUGUAAGGGACACAACUAUCACGUCUCCUCCAGUCGUCAAGCAAGAAAAUGGAAAGGUCAAAAUUGUCUCUGAAGAGGUUGAGAUUCAUGAGGUGAUCGAGAAGAAACCGUACAAGCUGUGGCGGACCCUUCUUGGCGGGAGGCCGAAUCCUCGCUCUCCCCUCGCUUCUUAUCUCACCUUCGUCGUCAACAUCUUGCUAGUGGGCAUGGUCGCGGACCGGUUGUUCCGGGAGCAUCUUUACUCGACUGAGGACCUUUCUUUUGUCCGAGUUGGUCACGUCUCGGACACGGAAGCCAAGUUUCUCAUCCGCGAACCCGACCAGACGAAGAUGCCCGUCACCCUCCAGAUCCGUCUUAAAGACCCUGAGCCACCGUUCGAGAUGUCGACCUGGCAGAGUGUGGGAGGUGUCCGCUGGACUUUGAAUGAAACUGAUUACACCGCAGUCCUCACCGCGCCAUUGCGCCACUCUAAGCAGCGCACCUAUGUGUGGCAGACAUCCAACAAUCACUCUGGCGAGUUCACAUCUGCGCCAAAGCCAGGCCAAUCUCCUGACCUCUUCAACGGAAAGUUCACUUUUCUUUCCACCUCAUGCAUAGUUCAGCGCCUACCGUACAACCCCUCAGACCACGCACUUGCGAUUCCCGGAAUGAGGCACUUGGCCAAGGUCCUACCAACCCUUGGAGCUCAGUUCAUGCUGUUCCUCGGCGACUUCAUAUACAUUGACGUACCGAAGCGCUGGGGCACCCACGUCGAUGUGUACAGGCAGGAGUAUCGCCAGGUCUACGCAUCACCCGAUUGGUCCGGUGUAGGGCAGAAUCUCAGCUGGAUCCACGUCCUUGACGAUCACGAAAUUGCCAAUGACUGGCACGCCAACAAAACAGGCGUAUACGAGGCCGCCGUUGACCCUUGGCACCACUAUCAGACGGCUGUUAACCCGCCACCCGCCCGUCAGGCUGGUCUUCAGGCAGCAAGGGCAGGUGUAACGUACUUUGAGUUCUCACAGGGGCCAGCAAGCUUCUUUAUGCUUGACACACGUACAUAUCGCUCCAGCAACUUGGUUAAGCCUUAUGACAGCCCUGAGAAGACGAUGCUUGGAAAAGAGCAACUUGAGGAUUUAUUGGACUGGCUACAGCGCCCUGAGCCUAAGGGGGUCAAGUGGAAGAUUGUAGCAUCGUCAGUCCCGCUCACCAAGAACUGGCGCGUUAACACCCAGGACACGUGGGGUGGAUUCCUCGCCGAGAGGCAAAAGAUUCUUGAGGCCAUGUGGGAAGUCGGCACGCGUGGCCUGGGCGUUGUUGUCCUGUCCGGCGACAGGCAUGAGUUCGCCGCUACCAAGUUUCCUCCCCCAGCUGGCUCAAAGUGGCCCGAAAGCUCAGCUGUUCACGAGUUUUCCGUAAGCCCGCUUAGCCAGUUCUACUCGCCAAUCCCGACCUAUCGUCAAACUGACGAUGAGGAUAUUGAGAUCAAAUACAUCAACAAGGGAAACUCUAAAUUCGGAGCCAUCACAUUGGAGAACAUGGCCGGAGGGGAACAGAGCACCUUGACGUACCGCCUUUUCAUUGAUGGUGUGGAAACUUGGGAUACCGUGGUACUCUCGCCACCAGAGCCGCGCAAGGAAAGAGGACCUAGCUUCUGGGAUAACAUUCUGUAAAGCUUCAAUACUCUACAUCUGGGCUCCUGAAAACUGAGGUGUAUUUCAUUUAGUUGUCGGGUGUCUACUGGGUCACGGCUUUGAUCACAAGAGCGAGACUAGCCUGGGGCAAAGGAUCGCAUGUUUCAAUUUCUUAUGUCGGUUUGUUUUUUUUGGGAGUUCUUGGACUGCUAGAUUAGACCAAGCAGCGGAAUAUGUCCUCACUUAAUGAACAACACUUUUAAUAUUUCUUCAUCUCCAAUCCUCGUUUUGAAACUUCU